AGGGAGGGGUUUGGGAUUGACCCUGUGAGCGCGCACAGGAGUCGACUCCGCUCUAAUCCGACAACAAGUGAAUCAGUCUGAGGUGAACACUUGCCCCGCCCUCUAAUUGACCAAUUCAUAGUCACCUGCACUAAAGUCACCUGGUGGCGUCUCGGAGAACGCUGAAUUUUUGGAAAGUGUUUUCCCGCCCACAUUCUGUCAUUUUGCUUUGUUUAUAUAGGUGGAACUAGGUUAAUGUUAAUGUCAGACGGAUAUUAGGAGUCAGGUAACGUUAAACGUUUGCUCUGUGGUUCUCGUGUUGGCUUUUAACUGACUGAAAUUUACCGCUUCCUGGACAGUUUCCCAACAGAAACAGUGGAUUAAGCCGUUAUAACCAUGGCUCAGGAGGAAAGUGAGGAUGAAGCCUGGAGAGCCUACCUGGAGAACCCUCUCACUGCAGCCACGAAAGCCAUGAUGAGCAUCAAUGGAGACGAGGACAGUGUGGCAGCUCUCGGACUCCUGUAUGAAUACUACAAGGUUCCAAAAGAGAAAAGGCUUCUGUCUGUAGCAAAAUAUCCAGAGGAUGAAAAAAGAAUAUGUCAUGGUGGUAUGGAAUCCAUGAAUGAGCGUGAUCAGAGUACCAAACCUCCCCCAGUCAAUCUCUCUGUCAACACAGACUCUCGUAGCACAGAGGUGAAGCGUGACUCAUAUAGCGCCUUACCAGCAGAGGGGGGAGUGGUGGCCACCGUAAAGUCAGAGGUCUAUUCGAACCAGCUGCAGGAGAGGCAGUCAUACCAUCACAUGUCUUACCACCAGUCCAGUCAGGAGGCACAUAGCAGUUAUGGCAAGGAAGAGCAAAGGAACAUGCCAGAUAGCACCUUCGAAGACUCUUACAGUGGCGAGAAUGUGAAAUUCAAAGUGCCCACCACUCUAGGGGCCCAAGACUCUCUCUUUGAGCAGCCUAUAAUGAACACGCUCCAGUACAGCAUAGAAGCGAGCCGCUCAGUUCGCCAGAAGCCUGGCGAGGGUCCAAUGAUCUAUCUGAACAGAGGUCAGUUCUAUGGCAUCACGCUGUGUGAGGCAGGCAUCAACAAAGGCUUGCGCCAUCCUAUCAGCAAAGUGAGGAGUGUGGUGAUGGUGGUGUUUGGGGAGGACAAAUGUCGUGAUGAGCAGUUGAAGCACUGGAACUACUGGCACACCCGUCAGCACACCGCCAAACAGAGAGUCCUUGAUAUUGCUGAUUACAAAGAGAGCUUCAACACUAUUGGCAACCUGGAGGAAAUUGCCUAUAAUGCUGUCUCGUUCACCUGGGAUAUUAAUGAGGAGGCUAAGGUGUUUAUCACAGUGAACUGUUUGAGCACAGAUUUCUCCUCUCAGAAAGGAGUGAAAGGGCUUCCACUUAUGAUUCAGAUUGAUACGUACAGCUACAACAACAGAAGCAACAAACCAAUUCACAGAGCUUACUGCCAAAUCAAGGUCUUCUGUGACAAGGGAGCUGAGCGGAAGAUUCGUGAUGAGGAGAGAAAGCAGAUGAGGAAAAAGACAAAGGGUCAUGUGGCUGGAGGGCAAGGUCACAAUGAUCUGACGGGUAAAAGAGGAAGCCUUGGAGGAUUAAUACAGAAGAGAUCAGACAUCACACUCUUCAAAUCCAUAACAGACUUGGAUUCUCAGCCAGUGCUGUUCAUCCCUGAUGUUCAUUUCAGUAACAUGCAGAGAGCUGCGCAGAUGUUCGGCUAUAGUACUGAUGAAAUGGAGAAUGAUUGUGUGAUGAUGAAGAGGGUGUUCAGACAUUCAGAAGAUGAUCCAUGCCUUCCACCAGCCAAACAGAGCAAAAGUGAUGCACCAAGGAGAGUUCUGCUGUAUGUCAGGAAAGAGUCUGAUGAAGUUUUUGAUGCAUUAAUGCUCAAGUCUCCUACAGUGAAGAGUUUGAUUGAGGCUAUUUCAGGCAAGUACUCCAUUCCUGUUGAGAAGAUCAGUAAAAUCUUCAAGAAGAAUAAGAAAGGGAUUCUGGUCAACAUGGACGACAACAUCAUCGAGCACUACUCCAACGAGGAUGCGUUUGUACUCAGCAUUGAGCCUCAGGCAGAGUGCUUUCAGGUUACGCUCACAGAAAUCUAAUGGCUGAACUUGUAGGUGGACUUCUAAUGGCUUUCUCAGCAACCAGUUACAGAAAACAACAAAGAUGGAUAAAGCAGGAUAAAAACAGAAUUCCUAAGCAGAGAAUAAUGUAGAUUGUCUACAAUAGGGUGGCAGACUGUGAUAAACACCUAUGUACUUUCUUCUCUUUUGCUCUGUUUAAGCUCACAUGAAAGCAUAGAAUUAUCCCUGCAGUUUAUACCUAGUAUUGUGUGUUCUGGACAUAACUAGCCUAACAGGUUCUUUUAAAUAGCUUUCAGUAUUCUGCUUUUUAAUCCAGCCUCAUGAAUUGACACAGAUGGGGCGGGGGGGCAUCACACAUUUUUUUUGCAUACAUUCUUUAAGAUUAGCCUACUAGGAAGUGUAGGAACUGAUAUUAUACAUUUUAACUGGAAUAAACUGUUUUCCAUUGUCACUUCUUUACUAUAUAUCAGGAUAUUUGUGUAGCUUUUAGAUGUCUUUGCAACAUGUAAAUAUUUGUUUUCACCUUGUGUGUAUAUUGCUUUAUAUUAAUUAAUGUAAUAAACAGUAUCAUUUUUUUCUG